AUGUUGGAACUGUGGCCUAUCACUGCGCAACCUCUACAUGUUAUUCAAAGACAUCAUCAACAGAUUGACAAGCAGCCCUACUCCCGAUAUCCCACUGAUCGUGACUCGAUUUCUUCUCUAGUAGACUUUGGCAAUUGGAUCACUCAGCAGUCUCACAGUCGUUCACCAAGUCUACUGCCACCGACGCCAGAGUUCCUUCGUCAAAACAUUUUCACAUCGAAUUCCAAUAGUGUGGAGUGUCCUUUGUCGUCCACCGCUCAAGCUCAUCACGAGUCUCACAGAGCCGAGGAAGAGGAAAUCACCGUUGGCAAGCGAAGCACAACAUCUAAUCAACUGGAAACUCUGUCCCUUGAAUUUGAACAUUCAUCUUUUUCAUCAAGUAGAACUCGCGCGCGCACCGCAAGAACCAUCACUCCUGUUCCAUCUCUCACCUACUCACAUCACUCCACUGGUUCUUCUCUAGCUGCCGACACUGACUCUCCCCAAGGCCGAGUUAGCAUCUUCUCGUCAACUACCCAGGAGCCAUCUCCUGCUGAUCGUAGAGUGAGCAUGAAUCAUAUGGCUCCGAGAGACUUCACUCAAAGGGGCACCUCCGCCCAUCCUGAUCGCGGACCUUGCCCCAGUAUCACACCAGUCUCAAUUCUACAGAUAUAUAAAGACGAGAGCCUUGGCCGCGAAUCCGCGGGAACAAUUACCAAUCCAAACUGGAAUACCACCCAUGUACAGCCUCAGAUAAGCCAAUACCCACUGCGAUCCGUGCUGAAUCCCAACCUCAUCGAGCCUCGCGUGCGCUCACAUAUCUGUCAACUACAAAUCCCAGAUAGUGAAAACGAAGUAUCCUACAUUGACUGGGACGACGAGGAGGACAAGCGAACGAACCGCAGUGUGUCACGCCUGGCGCGGAUGAAAAAGAGCAUCACAGAUCUCCGUACCGCCGAAAGAUUCAUCGCCGAUGCAGCCACUCGGAGAAACAUCAUUUUUAAGCCUAGAAAAUGUAUUAACGCAGUGGACUGCACGCCAGUGCUAGACUUUGACAAACCAUGUCGACCUGCUUACUGUAGACUCGCGACGGACAACACAGGACUUCCGCUCCAUCAAAAGCAACAACAAGAUCGACAAAGAGCUGCCAUUGCUCGUGUCGUAGCAGCCGAUGAAGCCUCUAUGAAGGUGAAGCUCGAGCCCGAGGAUUCAAAGCCUUCCACGCCCACCAGUCUAAGCCUCCCGUCCAAGCUCGGCGGUGUCCGCAUCUUGGCUCCUGCAAGGCUGAGGUAUCAGUUCGGUACCAAGUCGAGUUUAGCUUCCCACAAUGGCCACCCACAGCACCAGCAGCAACAACGACGGGAGUAUCCUUCCGCCCAAAGCCGAACACCUGCAACGCCAACCCUCCUCCCAUCUCCAAUGCUCUCGACGGACGUAUCACAGCAAACAGAGCAAGAAACGAGCCCGAGACGUCACCGCCGCGGUGGCACGGCCAGUUCCAGCCUCGAAGGAUUCACACAGCUCACCUCCACGAUUCCUUGUCAUCCCCAUGGCCUGCCAACACUGACCGCCACGCCGCCAGCACCGUCAUCGUUGUUGUUGCCACAGAAGAAGCCAGUCAAGAGAAGGCGCUUUAGCGCGUUCGCGUCUGUUUCGCGCUCGAAAACGGAAGCUACGGCGGCGGCGGCUGCACCUAAAGGAGACCAUAGCGAGAGUGUCAACGACAACAGCAAGCGCCCGAGACUCGGACAUGGCGUUGUCACGAGAUGGGUUCGGCGUGUCUUUAGUGGUGGCGGGGGUUGCGGAAGGGGGAAGGGAAAGGGAAAGAAAGCGAACCGACUUUAUUGA